UCUUCUCUACACUUCUUUCAUCUCUUCCUCAGUGUUUUCCUCCUCUCUAUAACCCUCUCUACUCACGUACUCCUGAGUGCAGCACCUGUGCAGACUGGAGUUUGUCGGGCCGAAGCAGAAGGCUUUUUUUUGUAUUUGUGUGAGUCGAAGAGGGGAGGGAGGGGAGACAACACCCAGGAACACCUGACCAACAUUUCAUCAAGAUAUGUGGAGACUUAGGAACUGAUCUCCUCCUCCAGCUUUUCUUUAGGUGUGUGUUUAUCUGUUUUUUAAUUGCAACACCUGGAAUGCUUAACCUGGACUGAUGGAUGUUUCUGAACUGUGCAUCCCUGACGCUCUCUGCUACCACAACCAGUUGUUGAACAGAAUGCCCUCUGAGGACAGACACCUAUCAUCCAGCUGUGGGUCUUACGUCAAAACCGAGCCAUCAAGUCCUUCCUCCUCGCUCGUAGACACCGGCAGUCACCACAGUCCCAGCGGAAACUCAGACGCCAGUGGCGGCUACAUAAACGGCAGACACACGCACGCCCUCGACUCUCCGCCAAUGUUCAACCCAGGCAUGUUGGGAGGUGGCGCCGCCUGCCUACGCCGCUACGAGGAGUGCGCCGGCGUGGUGGACGACUCGCCGAUCAAGUGCGAGUACAUGCUCAAUACCAUCCCUAAGAGGCUGUGCCUGGUGUGUGGUGACAUUGGCUCGGGGUACCACUACGGGGUGGCCUCCUGUGAGGCCUGCAAAGCCUUCUUCAAAAGGACGAUACAAGGGAAUAUUGAGUACAGCUGUCCGGCCACCAACGAAUGUGAGAUCACCAAAAGGAGACGCAAGUCGUGCCAGGCCUGCCGCUUCAUGAAAUGUCUUAAAGUUGGCAUGUUGAAAGAGGGUGUACGUCUGGACCGGGUGAGAGGGGGGAGACAGAAGUACAAGCGGAGGUUGGACGCAGAGAACAGCGCCUACCUCGGCCUCAGCAUGGCCCCUCCUGCCAAAAAGCCACUGACGAAGAUUGUUUCGCAUCUGUUGGUGGUGGAGCCGGAGAAGAUCUAUGCCAUGCCCGACCCCACCAUGCCCGACGGAGACAUCAAGGCCCUGACCACGCUGUGCGACCUGGCCGACCGCGAACUGGUGGUCAUCAUCGGCUGGGCCAAACAUAUCCCAGGUUUUUCCACUCUCUCGCUGGCAGACCAGAUGAGUCUACUGCAGAGCGCCUGGAUGGAGAUCCUGGUGCUGAGCAUCGUGUUUCGCUCGCUGCCCUGCGAGGACGAGAUAGUGUACGCAGAGGACUACGUGGUGGACGAGGAGCAGGCGAGGGUCUCAGGCCUGCUGGACCUGCACGUCGCCAUCCUGCCGUUGGUGCGACGCUACAAGAAGCUGCGCAUGGAGAAGGAAGAGUUCGUCACGCUCAAAGCCAUCGCACUCGCCAACUCAGACUCCAUGCACAUAGAGAACAUCGAAGCUGUCCAGAGGCUCCAGGACUCCCUCCACGAGGCUCUGCAGGACUUUGAGGGCCAGCAUCCGGAGGACCCCAGGCGGGCGGGCAAGCUGCUGAUGACCCUUCCUCUGCUCCGGCAGACCGCCACCAAGGCCGUGCAGCACUUCUACAGCAUCAAAAUGCAGGGCAAAGUCCCCAUGCACAAACUAUUCCUCGAGAUGUUGGAGGCCAAGGCUUGACACCCGGGCCAGAUGUUUGACAGACAGCUGCAUCACCCAACGGGAGGCGAGGGACAGCCCAUAAAAAAUAAUAAGGUGGUGUGCCAAUUGACAAAGAGAGGAUGAAGCGUGGACUACUGAGUCAUUUUAACACUUUUAAUGGUAAUAAACAUAACAGGAAAAAGGGACUAGAAAUGGUUUAAAAAAGGGUGAAUAUCAACUUGAUUGACAUGGGAUCAUGAGGAUGUAUAUAAAGACGUUCUGUACAGAAAUCAGGCAACUGAGGUCUUGUUAUAACCAGAGGCCCUUUGCUCUAUAUCACCUGAAGCUUCUGUGAAUUUGUUUCUUAUCUUAUUUUCAUCUCAAAACAAAGCGUGUUAAUAGAAAUGUCCUAAAGAACUGUACGGCCACGUAGCCACAUUAAGUGUUUUUGUUUCUCUCAUAUUUUCGAAUCUCAGCUGUUAAAGCAAUAGUCUCUAACUGGUCUACAUAUAAUAUGUGUACUGUAUAUUGUGUGAAAUUGCACUGGGCAGCGGCGAGAAUUGUUAGACAUAUUCUUAUAUUCGUCAGCAAAGAAAGCGGUACUGUGGGAUUCUCGAUUUCCUCGUAAUAUAUUUACCUCGUAGUAGCUUCAUCGACUCAGUUUUAGUCAACUUGGUGCUUUCAGAGGGACAAUGGUUGGCCGGUGAUCACAGUUCACAAAGAGUUUGCACUAAGCAUCGGUGAAUAAAUGGCAAUAAUGGGUAUUGGACUAGCCAGCUCCGAGCCUCAGUCAGUGUUUUUUUCUUAUUAACACUAAACCCCCUCCUCAAUUCUCUGUUCAGUGUUAUACAUUAAUAUUGGAAACUAAGCAUACUGUGAAAAAAACACAAGAUAAGCUAUAUUUGUGCGGAGAGCUUUUAAACCAUG